AUGGCUACGGACACAAAAAUUCGCGACAUUAUUUGUCUUAAGGGAUCAGCGCAACUUAUUCAGGAAUUUUUUCAUUUCGGUCUUAAUAACAUCCUUUACCUGCGAGGUAUAUAUCCCGCAGAUUCUUUCGAGAAGGAAAAAAAGUACGGACUCACCAUGCUCAUUUCUAAAAAUGUGGAACUGCAGCAAUAUUUGCGGCCACUCCUUAAGCAAGUGAAAUAUUGGCUGGAAAAUAAGCAGUUAAGAAAACUGAUUGUUGUGAUUGCAGAUAUAGAGACUAAACACCCAGUGGAGCGAUGGCAGUUUGACAUUGAAACAGAGGAAAUUACUGAGCAAAACAGUGGAAGCUCGACCAAAGAAAAUGAAAGGAAAAUCAGACUGGAGAUGGCUGAAGUGAUGAGGCAAAUAACAGCCUCGGUAUCGUUCCUACCAUUACUUGAAACACCGUGUUCGUUUGACGUGCUCAUUUAUACUGGUAAGGAGGCGGACACACCGGAGAACUGGGCAGAAACUAGUGCCUGUUUAAUUAGAGGUGCCGAACAAGUGCAGUUCCGCUCUUUCUCAACGGCUGUACAUUCAGUACAUGCGAAAGUGUGUUAUAAACCUUUCUCGUAA